CGGGGCUCACCGAUCUUCGUCUCAUCCCGCCGAGAUAAUCACCACUGAUCAUCUACAUCUAACCCCACAAUCUGUCUAUCAUGCUCGCGUUCGUGCUGUCUACACCAGUCCAUCACCAGCACGUACUCUUCAGGACUUCGGAGCUAGACGACUAUGACCACGGCUAUAGCCACCUGCACCGAGCACCAACAUCGAGUUACGCCACUUACGGCUAUGCUCACCAGACCGCACUCGCGGAGCACGACUACUUGCUCGCCCGUGCCCGCCGUGAAGCCUUCGAACGUCAACAAGCGCAGGCCUACUAUCGUCAACGCCAGCAGCAGCAGCAACAAGAAAUCCUUGCCGUCUUCGCUGCCAAUCUCGCAGAAGAGCGACGUCGAGCGCGAAUACGAAGGCAGCAGGAGGAGGCCGCGUGUCGCCAGCAGGAGCUCCUUGCGCUUCGGCAAUGACGGCAGCGACAGCACCUCCAGCAGGUUGCCUGGCUGAGACAGCAGGUUCUAGCCGAGGUCGAGCAGUGCCGCCGUCAGGAGGAGCUUGCGCGCUUAGAACAGGCUAGACGCAGGCAGCAGCAAGCCGAACUUUCGAAGCUCCUGGAGACGUUCUUCACCCCCUCAGAGCAGGGCUCGGAGUCUGAGCGGGAGAAACAGGUGAGCUUGCUCGCGAUCAGGCCGGGCGGAAUGGCGAUCCUCAUCCGUGCUCUCCUCCAGCCCACCUCCGCUCCGCGUGCGACGCCCGCCGCCCAAGCUCCUCGCACCACUGUCGAUGUCAAGGGCAAGGGCAAGGCAAAGGAAGAGCCGAUGCCCGCGUGUUCUUCCGACUCCGCACCUCAAGUGACGGUCGAACACCUGCUCCGCCAACGCGCUCAAGUCGAGAACGAUCAAGAAGUUCAGGAAACCCUCACGUCGCUCCUCCAAUCUUUCUUCAACGGUUCGGCUCAGGCUCAGGCACCUAAGGAGCGAAAGAAUGUCCGGUUCAACGUGAACGAGCAGGUAUGCACCAUUUAUUUUCACCUGGGUCGGUUCUCCGAUGACUCACCCGCGUUUGCUUUCUUUAGCAGGCCGGCCCGUCAAACUCUUCCGCUGAGCCCGCCACUUUCCAUCAAAGAGAGCCAGCCACUGCUGCGCUUGACCCGAGCCCUUCGGCGCAGGGGGCACCGUCUCUAGAAUGUAAACCCGCCCUCGCUGGCGCAUCGGCCGAACAAGUCCGUGCGCACCGUCAUCAGCGCACCUCCUCCCUCGACGAGAUCGCCAACAUUCGUGCCUCGUUCGACUCGCUCUCGUCCGACUUCCAUCUCCCGGAGCACCUCGACUUCAACCCCUCGCCUACUCCAUCUCGCUCUCCCUCGCCUAUCCUUGACCAUUCGGCUGAAUCGGAGAACGAGGAAACCCUCGCGUACACGGCGAACAACCGACCUCUGCACCAGUAUACGCACGCGCUCGGAUUGCUCCUUGUCAGGCUCGAUGCGGUGGAGAGCGAUGGAGACGAUGCUAUAAGGAAAGCCAGGUAGGAUGCGGUCGUUGUCGUUGAGCGCGAGCUGGAGAGGGUCGAGAGGGAGGUGGAGAAGCAGCGGCCUGGGUCGCCUGUGCCGAAGGAGGAUGCGGACGCGAAGGCCGACGAGCCUGCUCCAGCUGAAGAAGCUACCGUGGAUGGCCAAGCCGCGCCCUCCACAGACGGAACCGUGAUUGUCGCUGCUCCCGAGACUCCCGAACAGACGAUGGCGGAAGCUACUUCCGACCGAUCACCCAGCGAGAACGUACACGAAGCCGCUUCUGAAGACGUUCAUGCUAUGGAGGUGAACAGUGGUCCCGUUGACGUCACCGAACCGGCACCCUUCGACGCCCUAUCCAGCUCUACACCGAUCCCAGGCUUAGCCCAAGACACUGCAGACACCUCCGCGCUGUCUCAUACCGCCCAGGCUGACGCCCCUAAGCCUUCGCUGAUCGAGCCUGCCACAGAAAAGCUGCCAUCGCUGGAGAGCCCACACGAGUCGCCGGCGCCGUCCGAAGCCUCAACGUCGACGCCUCCUCAUUCCGAGUCGAUUACAUCUCGAGGCAGCCCGCCUGACGAAGUCGCCGCCGUUUCACCCGAGAACUCGUCUGAGCCGAUACCUUCCCACAAAGGUUCUGCUACUGAUUCUCAGGUGCCCGCAUUGAAUACAAAUUCUUCGUCAGCACCAGAACUGCAACCACUCGUCGACUCUGUCCCUGUGUCCGAGGCUCGCCUAUCGGCUUCCCCAUUGCCUGUCACAUCGACACCCGACGCCACAGCGGCCGGUGACGUCGACGUCCUUUUCUCCUCGCCAAUCAAUUCAGAUGUUUCCGUCCCUUCGUCAUCGUCUUCCGAGGCUGACGGCGAUGACUCUGCGGUUGUUAUUGAGCAUGUCGAGGUGCCUCCCGCCGGUGACGUCAAUGACCACCCGAGUGAUGAGUCGGACGGCUGGUCAGAUGUUGAGGAUCAUCUUUGAUCACCUAAUGCUUUCUAAACGUCUAUUUAUCCGCAUCUGUAUUAUACUCUGACUCUUCUAUCGCUCUAUGUAAAUGCAAUUGAUACUUAAUAUGGAUGAUACCGC